AUGGACCGCCCGGGGCUCCCGCCCGGGGUCGCGCGGGUGGAUCGACUGGAGUACAUUCAGCCGCAGUAUUUGUUCGACUGCCUGAACGCGCGGGCCCGGCUGCCGGUCGAGGGCUACCGCCUCGGGGAGGAGCUCCCGCCGCACGUCUCGCCCUUUACGGUUGCGAUUUCGAACGAGCCGGCGGACCUCGCGGCCGUCGAGGAGGCGCGGAAGUUCCACCCGCGGAUUGUGAGCUACGUCCCGGCCCGCGUCCACGCGAUUCGGCGGUUUCUUCAGCCGAACUACACCCCGCUCGAGGGCGCCGACGCCCCGCUCGCGAAGGACCCCGACGGCGACCUCAGCGAGGAGGAGGACCACGCCGCGCUGCCCGAGCUCGACGCCGACGACGACGUCUCGCUGGACGAGGCGGAGCUGCGGGAGGCCCGGCGGCGGCCCGCCUGGGGCGACGAGGCCGUCACCGAGAACGUCGAGCGGUCGAAGCUCUCCGCGUUGAAGGUGCGAAAGCAGCGGGAGCAGAAUACGAUGAACGCCCCCACCGACGAGGUCGUCGCCCGCCGCCGCCGGGCGAUCCUCCGCGCGAAGGAGCAGCGGCAAUCGGGCGAGACGACCGCGGCCCGCGCCCGGCGGAAGCAGCGCGAGGCCAAAACGCAGGACCGAAUCACGCGCAAGAUGCAGCUCCAGGUCGCCCGGAAGAAGGCGGCGCGGUAUUAUAAGAUGGUGAACGGCGUCGUCGAGAGCGGGAACAAAAAGGCCGCGAACCUGCAAGCGAAGGCGAAGCAUCUCGAACAAGGAAAGCUCCGCAAGGCGGAGGAUGGGAAGGGUCUGGUGAAUACCCGACUCGAGGCGAGGCGGGGGAAGCACAAGGAAAGGAAGCCGGCUAAUCCGUAUAAAAAGCUGCCGAAGUGGGUGCGUUAA